AAAAAAAGGGGAAGGAAGAUGUUGCAGGAGGGGCGGCGGCGGUGGGGGAGAGCGGGAUGGAGCCGAGGGGCUGCGGGACGAGGUGGCUCUGCCUCGCCCUGCUCUGCUCCGGGGCUGCUCCAGCUUUCCAGGGAGAGGAACCGGGGAACCAAAGCGUCACGGGGCAGGAUGCCACCCUGGAGACAACUGGGGACCCCCUGGGCACAACAGGGGACCCCCUGGGCACAACAGGAGCCCCCCUGGACACCACAGGCCCCCCCACAACUGCCGGGGAUGUGCCCACCCCGAGGACGUGGCCGACGGACCCCCCGACCCCUCCCUGGACCCCCCUCCCCAGCCGAGCCACCAGGAACCAAACCCAGAGCUCGUCGGGCGUCCCCGUCAGGUACUGGUCCCCCGUCAUCUUCGUGGGGGUUGCUCUGCUCGUGCUCUUCUUCACCUACCACAGGAAAAAGGGGGAAGGGAGCCGGGACGGAGCCGUGGCCGGCAGUGACUCCUCAGAUUUGGGGGUCCUGGACCACCCCCCUGCCCACGACACCACCCCCAUUAUAGAAGCCCCCCAGGGGGAGAGGAAGGGACCAGAGACCCCCCCGGCCGCGGACGACACAGAAACCGCCUUCUGCGAGCCGGACCCCCCCCAGCCGCAGCCCCAUUCCCCCCCAGCCGCCGGCGGCUCCGGGGACCCCGAUACCGACUGAGGGUCCCGGGGGGGUCCCGGUGGCUUCCAGACCCCCCCCGGGGAAGGCGAGGCCGCCCCGAGGGGCACCGCGGGCACGGGGGGACCACGGGCGUGGCGAGCGGCCCCGGCCCUUCCCAUGGAUGCUCCAAAUCCCGGCGGGAACGGGGACCCGCGUGGGACCGGGACCCGCGUGGGCUGUGCCCCCCGUGCCGGGACACUCGGGGUGGGGGCACAGCCGAGCCAAUAAAGCGGGAUUUCACCCCAAAACCCCCGGAAUUCCUCUGCCGGGACACUCAGGGUGGCAGCACAGCCGAGCCAAUAAAGCGGGAUUUCACCCCAGAA